GUCCUCUUGCUGAGCGGAAGCUACGUUUGCGCCUCGUGUUUGACACGUUGGUCUGGUUCCAGUAAACAAACCUAGCGUUACUGAUACUUAAACGGUCGUUUCUAGCGUGUACAGGUCAACGUAUAAACUCAUUUCAUGAACACACAUCAUUGUGUAGAGGUGAUUUUACGCCAACGUGACUAGCGCUUCCCUGAUUUUGCCCCUAGCCAACUUUUUGAGCUUCCUAAAGCUAACUUUAGCCGUGAUCACAGCUGUUCAUCGCAGUGUUCAACUCCUGCACACAGAGUACUCGGCCGCGGCUGUGUCCGGUGAUACAGCAUGUCCUACCAGGGAGAUGGCGCAGACCAGGGUCCUGAAACAGCGGGAGCGUCGCCCUGUUCCUGCGCCGAGUCCGAGGCCAACGGCGUGGACGCGAUCACGGUGACCAUUGGAGCAACGGUGCCCACGGGGUUCGAAGUCACUGCUGCAGAGGAGGUCAAGGAGAAGAUCGGGGUGGAGGCGACGAUCAGCAAAGACCGCGGUCGCAUAUACUUUCCUAUAACCACCGACAAGCUUUUUCAGGUUCAUCUUCUGAGGUCUGUGGACAACCUGUUUGUGGUGGUGGAGGAAUACAAUCACUACCAGUUCAAGGAAUCAAAGGAGGAGACGCUGAUGGAGUUGCAGCAACUUGCCUCCAAGCUCCCAUGGACUAAUGCCUUAGAGGUCUGGAAGCUGAAUGGCAGCCUAAAAAAGAGAAGGGGACACCGGAAAGGAGGGAACGCCGCUAGAGGAAAACCUGACACUGAAGCCCGGGACGAAACUGGGUCUGAAAUGGAGCAGCAGCCGCCGCCGGCUGACACCACGGCCGCUUCUGAAGACCAGAUGGAGGUGGAGGCCUGUGCACAAGCCUCAGACGGGGCAGCGUCCGGGACCAGGCCCCUCAAGUUCCGCGUGACGUGCAACAGGGCCGGCGACAAACACAGCUUCUCCUCCAACGAGGCAGCCAGAGACUUUGGAGGGGCUGUUCAGGAGUUCUUUCAGUGGAAAGCAGACAUGACAAAGUUUGACAUCGAGGUUUUAUUAAACAUACACAAUGAGGAGAUGGUGAUUGGCAUCGCACUCACAGAAGAGAGUCUUCACAGGAGAAACAUUAGUCACUUUGGACCCACUACGCUGCGGUCUACGCUGUGUUACGGCAUGCUCAGACUGUGUAAACCUCAACCGUCUGAUAUAAUACUGGAUCCAAUGUGUGGAACUGGAGCUAUACCACUAGAGGGGGCCAUUGAGUUUAGCAGUUCGUUCUACAUCGCUGGUGACAACAAUGACAUGGCAGUAAAUCGCACAGUCAACAAUGUAUGUCACAUGCAGAAGAGGAGGGCAGAAAAAGGCCGCGUGUCCGGUUUGCCCAUUGACACGGUGCGCUGGGAUCUGUGCAGCUUGCCGGUACGGACCAGCUCGGUUGACAUCAUCAUCACUGACAUGCCCUUUGGCAAGAGAAUGGGCUCUAGGAAGAAAAACUGGGACCUCUACCCUUCGUGUCUGAGGGAAAUGGCUCGUGUGUGUCGACCUGGCUCUGGAAAGGCAAUCUUGUUGACGCAGGACAAGAAAUGUUUUUCCAAGGCUAUGAGGAGCAUAGAAGGGCUGUGGAGGAGGCUGCACACGGUUUGGGUCAACGUGGGGGGUUUACAUGCUGGAGUCUACCUCCUCAAGCGCACGGAGGCGGCGUUUGGCCAGACUCCUGAGGACGUCUACGAGUGACCAACAGCUCCUAUUGAACAGGAACAGGAAGACAAGGAGUGCUCCUAAUAACUCACACCCUUUGUUUAUUUAGAAAAAGCUGUAAAAUUAGAACUAUAUUACUCUUCACAAUUUGAGAAGUGUGUGCCAAGUUAUUAUUAUUUUUGUAUUUGGUUUCAUGUGAUGAAUCCACAACUGGAAAGAGAAAAGCAGCAGAGCUUUAAUUGUGUAUACAUCAUAUUUCAUUGGUCGCUCUGGUCGAUCUGAUUAAUAAAGUUCUAAACUAAACGUCA